AUGACAAUGGCACAGGAAGAAAAUUUUUCGGAAGAAAUCGACGAAAUGGAAGAAAAUAUGUUGGUUGGGAUACAUUGUUCGUCCGUCGCAACCAUGAUUGCGUCGUUUGACUUUAAAAAAAGAAUGCGUGGAUUGUUGUCCUCCACGCAUGCAUAUGCGUCGAUUGGAAGGCCGUCAUCUCUUUGUAGCGAACCACGUGCGUUUAAAAGCAGAGCGAUGAGCAGGAUAAGCUCUGACAUAAAUUAA